AUGCAAUUGAACCAUAACCUACUUCCUUUACAACCUCAAUUUACCACAGCCACGAUUUCUAAUGUCCUCAGCAGCAACUCCUUCCACACAAACUGUCCUUAGUCUCUAUAGAUCCUACCUAAGAGUGAUCAACAAAUGGCCCACUGAUCCUAUCCGUCCUACUCGCAAUAUGAAGACUGCACUCCGGAGCCAGGUCAUGGAGUCGUUUCGAUCUCCCCUCAACGCUACAGCAGGACCCAACAAUGCUGCCGACACUCUUGCCUCAAGAGUGGCCGAUGCCCGAGUUCAACUCGAAGCUUUGCAGAAGAUCGCACAAAAUGAGUUCAAACAAAAGUAUCCUCUCUCAUCGAAGUUGCUGACCCCCGCCAGCAAUCCCAACUAUUACUCUAAGCUUGUUGAUAUGCUGGAGAAAGAGACAGCCAAGAAGAAUAUUGAGGCCAUUGGAAAGAAGGGACCAACCUUUUUCCAAAAGCUCUUUAGAACGGCCAAAUAGGAAGAAAACAAAGGAUCACAAUCAUGAACUACAUUAUGGAAUGCUCGUCUUGUAUAAUAACAAAAUAAAUUCGACCCAACACGUUCGCCA